CUCGCGAAAACGGUUGGGUAUGGCUGUGUCUGGCAAAAAACCCCCGAAAAUCGGCCACAGCGACUGUCUGUCCUACCUGCAGAGCCUGGGAGAUGUCUUGCCGGAGGACGCCGCCCUGCAGCUGGCCCAGCGAAUACGGGCGGAAGAGGAGGAGGCGGAGGCUAUGCAGGGAGACACGUGCGGCGGCGCCAACCAAGCCGCCCUGAACGUCAGCUUCCGUGUGUACUACCACAUAGUACACAAGUAUGAGCUGAAGGAUACCCACUUCAGGGAUCUCCCAAAGCGGUUGUCUUGCGAACAGGCCAGUGGUUUCCUCAUGCUCCAGUCCGUAUUGCUCACCGACCAUUGGAAGCAACUGGAUGCUGACCUGCUAGAGGGGAAGUGCACAACAGCCAUAAUUGAAGCACUUAUACGGAACAGCCCCAGUUUGAUGGCCGUGCUUAAGGCGACCAAUCUCUUGGUGAAGAAGUUUCCACGACUAGAGUUGUUAGCGCUGCGACUUGAGCAUUUCUACCACUGCCUUCAGCGCCAGAACCAGACUGGAUCCCGAGAAGAGGCGCUGACGCUUUACAAUCAUUGCUGUAAGCAGCAGGAACGGGCAUUUUCAUACUUCCGGUUGAUCGCAGAAUUCUGGCCUUGGACCAAUCGCAACAAGUACUACCUGCUAAGCGGCAUCCUCAAUUCGCACCCAUUGCCCGAGCUUCUGGCAACCACUAACCAAAGCGAGGCGGAGUUUUUCAACGGUCUGCGCCUCAGCUUAAGCUACAAGGGUUUGAGGGCUGCCAGCCAGUAUCCGGUGAAGAGCCUAAGCAAUCAGUGCUCACCAGCACUACUUGCAGCCAGUGUGGAGCUGUUGGUCAGCGGCAGUGUUGCCGAGAUCCAGAAUUUUCAUUCCCAAUGGUUCCUCCGGAUCCAGCAACGCGAUGUGUUGUUCGAGCUCCUCCAAGCCAACCCACAGAUCGUUGAGUUUUUGGGCUGCUCCGAAGAUUUAAGGUCACCGGCGGAUCAGUUGCGCCUCAUCUUGAUCUUUAGUAUGUUCGCAAAAGAGAUUUAUGCCGCCUCUAAGUUGCAUUUCUUCAAAAUCAGCACAGAGCUGCUGACCAACUGUAGCCAAUUGGAAACUGAGGCCCAGCUGCUAGUGUUCCGCUUUCUGGUCGACAACCUGGCCAACUUUGCGGUCGAAGAUUGCCUGGAGUUCUUUCACAGCUUCGUCGAUCGGCAUCGUGGCGUCGAGAGUUCAGAGUUCCGGAACACGAUGCUGGGCAAGAUACCUACCAUCAUCAACCACACUGCCAAGCAUUUCCAUAGGGCGCUUAAGACCGGAGGCGAUGGCCUGUCGGUGAAUAUUAAGCGAUUCUUUUCGCACUUGCAGGAACUCAUCGAGCGCGACAUCAAGAGCGAGGUCUACCAGCCCAAGAUAUUUGCUCUCAAGUUGCUAGAGAUCCUGAACAGGUCUUUGUACGCCGAAAACGUAACGAAGAAUGCCAAGAUGUGCAGCACCCAGCAGAACCAACGAAUGGGCACGUUCCUUCUGGAGCUUGGCGUCUUUCGGCCUCAGGUGGUAACCAAGCAGCUUUUUGAGUCCCUCAACGAUCCUCAGGGCUUCGAUGAUGCCUUAGAGUUAACGGUCUCCCUACUGAUUCAGUUGGGGCACGUGGAUACCGAGCUGUGUGUGGAGCGAUGUCUUAGCCUGUGCCACAACUCAGAUGUGGAUGAAUGUUCACUCGUGUCACUCUACUCUCAGUUGGCGGUGGUAAAACAGGAUUCAGCCAAGAAAUUAUUCGACGUGUGCCUCAAGGGGCUACAAGAAAAACUGCAAUCAUACAUGGAGGAUCCUCUGCUUGCGGCCAAGGCUGGAGGUCAUCUCUUUGGGUACCUUCGUGGACUGGACGAGGUGGUGCGGUCAGGAGUGCCAGAAUUGCAGACGCCUCUGGAGGAUCUGUUGCCGCUGCUGGAGCGCAUUCUUAGUGGCAUCUUGAAGUUUCUCAAUUUGGCCAAUGCCCGACGACAGGAUGAAACGGCUGCCACCGCAGCCAGCUUCCAGGACAUGGACGAGAGUCUGCAUCUACUAGUCAACGAGAGCUCCUUGAAGGCCGGAGAAGGGGCAGAGGCGUGGCGGAAGUAUUUGCUGAUGAGUUUCUGGCUGACAUUGAAGGGCUGUUGCGAUCUGGCUACCAGCAUUGGCUGUUCCCUGCUUCAAUCCACUGCCACCGUGAAUAUCGUUGCCCUGCGCCGCUGUCUCGACAUCAACGUAUCGGUACUGACGCUAUGCCGUCACAAGGGUGCUAUUGAGUCUGCCGGUCUAAGCAUAGGUAGACUGACCCGUGGGAUCACCAACACCUUGGAGAGCCAGGAUGCUGGUUUCCAAAUGCUUUACGAUUGUCUGGAACGAGAACUGCUGACAGAGAGCCGGCAGGUGAGCACCACGCGGCGUGGCGCUGGCUUUGCCAUUAUGUUCCUACACGUCCUCAAGAACGACAAUCCGCGGCAGCGUGUGAUCCUGCACCGAGCAGUGCAGCAGAUACUCAAGAGGCUAAACGAUAAGCGUCUGGCGGAGAAUACGCCUCCGGACAGCAGCAAUCAUGAUCGCUGGGAAGCUCUGGUGCUGCACUAUCUCUGCGUUUUGGUGCGCGACACGGAACUGAGACCGGCGAUGAGCAAGUACUACAAUGAGAUUCUGUUGGUGGCUAUGGAACACAUUGACAACGCCGAGUGGACCAUCUCGAAUGCGGCGCUUCAGCUGUUUGGCGCCAGUCUGGGCAAGUUGGUCGGUCAGCGUCAGGCCACGGAGUUUGAGUCGCGUCCCACAUGGGAACCUAGCGAAUUGGAUUACGAUGAGCUGGGCUGCCUCUUGCCCAAGGCCUGCGAACAUAUGCUGGAAUGCUGUGAUCGUCAAGAGGUUACCUCAUCGAUCAUCCUGUUCCUGGCCUUCUUAUCCAAGGUGGAGCACCUGCGUACCUCGGGCGGCAGGGAUCCCAGCCCUUUGCUACUUCGUUUUCGUCGCCUAAGCUGGCGGCUUUUGCGCCAUAAAUGUGACCAAGUACGCCAAUUGGCAGCCACUUGCUUUGUUCGCUCGCAUGAGUUCCGCUGCGAUUUGCCAGCGGUUCUGCUGACCAGCGCCAAACUGGCUGCCCGUCUCGACGAGGAGAACUUUUACGAGGGACUGAUCUAUACUCUGACGUCGGGUGUGCAAAAGCUCCGGCACGAAGCACGGCAUGUUUGGGCUGAGCAACGUCUGAAGGAGUUCUUUGAGGAGCUCCUGACAUCACUGGACGUGACGAAGGAGCGAGUGAGUCGCUUUAAACCAUAUACCCGAGACGUGCUAAAUGAACUGCUGAAGAUGCUGGGUGAUACCGUGACUAAAGCCUCCCUGGCGGAGACACUUGGCUCACAGUAGUGAAAUGUAGUUUUUUAUCUAAUCUAAAGUAGUAUUAAGCCAAAAAUGUAGCAAUCUUUCAGCUUUUACAACUAUUUAAAUGACGCAUUUAAUGUUUUUGUACGCAGUAAACGAAACGGAAACGAAAGAACCUAUGAAAUAACGAAUGAAUGAACCCAAAA